CGCCUCGUGGUGACCUGCCGGCAUGUGGCCCCCCGCGAGACGGCCAGAGUCCUGGUGCGCCCCACCACCCCCAAGAGUGCCAAGAUCUGGGGACACGUGGUGUUUGCCACUCAGGAGACAUCUCCGUAUGACAUAGCCGUGGUGAGCCUGGAGGAAGAACUAGAGGGUGUCCUCGUGCCGGUGCCCACUGAACAUUUCUACGAAGGCGAGGCUGUCAGCGUGGUGGGCUUCGGCGUUUUUGGCCAGGCUUGUGGGCCCUCGGUGACCUCGGGCAUCCUGUCAGCUGUGGUGCAGGUGGAUGACGCACCAGUGAUGCUGCAGACCACAUGUGCUGUGCAUGGCGGCUCCAGUGGGGGACCCCUCUUCUCUACCUGCUCAGGGGACCUCCUGGGGAUUGUCGCCAGCAACACCCGGGACAAUAACACCGGGGCCACCUACCCGCACCUGAACUUCAGCAUUCCCAUCACGGUGCUCCAGCCGGCCCUGCGGCAGUACAGUCAGACGGGCGACAUGGGCGGCCUCCGGGCGCUGGACCACGCUGCCGAGCCAGUGAGGGUGGUGUGGCGGCUGCAGCGGCCCCUGGCAGAGACCCCGCGGAGCAAGCUCUGAGCCUGUGUCACCCUCGAGAGAAGAGCCACAUUUUAUGCCCUGGGAAGUGUGAACGUGAUGGCAGCCUCGGGAUCCUGUCACAGCAGCCCAGCUGGGCAGCCCCCCAUCAGCACCCUCCGUGCUUGGCGCUGGAGUCUGGAUCAAAUUUCUCCUCAGCCCCCUGGGCCUCCAAGCCAGUAGCCCCUUUAGGGGUACUCCCUCCACCUUCGCCCCUCUCUGCUCCCUGGCAUAGACAGCUCUGUUGUUCCCCGUCUGGGGGCGCAGCACAGCUGCAGAGUCCUGGUCCUGACAGACAUGUUGGCUGGAAGGCAGGCCCAGCCCUGGGUUCGAGUCUCCCCUGUCUCCCGAUGGCCACUGGCUCCUCUGCUCUCCGUCAGAGCAGCUGACAGAGCACUGGCGCUUCCUCAGAAAACCUCGGCACAGAGGCCCUGCUCUGAAGACCGGAGAGAAAGGAAAGCGCAUCUAUCUCCCUGUUCCUUCAGACAUUUGGGGAGACAGAGUCCCUGAAAGUCUGGACUCCUGGGUCUUCAUCGGUCGUGUCCGUGACCCACAGGGGCACUCUGCCAUAGUGCCUUAGUUUUCCAGCCCAUGCAAUGGGUCUCAGGGAUCUUGGGAGGCGGGGAGAGGAUAUCAGGUGUCCGGUUGGGGUUUGGGAAUAAACAGGACCUAUGGAAGGAACUGUAA